UCCAUGGCGAGUUCGUUUGUAGAACCAUGACAACGAAUCUAAAGUCUACUCCUUGAAGACCCUCCGAAAAUUAUGGAGAUUCUGCUCUUUUUGUCGUUGACAGUUCUCGAACAUUGUUUCCACUAACAGGUGUUUGUUCAGAUUGAGCCAGUCAUGCCUGUGGCAGCCGGAAUCGACGCUUCCACUGCGUUCGAGAGGCAGUUAAGAACCCUGUGUCUCAAUGAGUUUCCGUGUGGACAGGGAUCCUGGAGAACAUCAAAUGACAAGAGCCUUCCUGCAUCUAGGUUUCAUGUCACCCUGAAAGACUAUGGAUCCAGUAACGAACAAGAGGAGACUCUGGAGGAGUUGAUAUCUUCCCCCUUCUCCCCUUACAGCGUGGAUUAUAGCUGGAGCUCGGAGGCCAAGCAGCUCAGAGACUUAGCGGUCAAGAGUCCUUGGCUCAUCAACAAGGAGUUCAUCCUUGGCCACUUCAAGUCCCUUCGAAUUGUUGACAAGAAUGUGAGUAAAGUUGACGACGGCCUACUGAGAUUGAGUAACCUGGAGGAACUCACCCUCAGUGUUAACAAACUCAAGACAGUUGAUACGUGCAAUGUACCUAGCUCCCUAAAGGUCUUAGAACUUGUGGCCAAUCAUAUCAGCGAUCUGGAGCCACUAUGCAACAAGCCGCCACCCACUUUACACCACCUGGGCCUGGGUCUGAACAGAAUAUCCGCCCUCCAUGAUUACAUCACGGGAACCUACUGGCCAAGUCUGCUAUCGUUGGACCUGAGCCAUAACGAUCUCUGUGACUUGGUUGAGGUGGUGCAGACCCUGGCUACACUGCCCAAACUCAGGAAUCUGGUUUUGGUCGGCAACCCUCUGGCAUUGAUACCGGGCUAUCGCGGGUUCAUCAUCGACAGUCUCCGCAGCUUGUCCAUCCUUGAUGAUCUUGGCAUCUCAGCCGAUGAAAAACAUCACUUCAAAGGGCUAGCCAGGAAACUUGAAUUCAUUUUGGAUGAAGCAAAGGUGACAGUAAAGAUUGGCAUGGUAACUGGCGUACCAAUGCCACCAGAGCUUCAGGCAACGGAGGAACAGCCCGAAUUUCCCAUCAUAACCCGCACCUACUAUGUGGAGUACAUGUUCCUAGAGGAUUUCAAAGCUAGGGCAUGCUCAGCUCAGCAACGAGAUGCUUCCUUAGCCUUGACAGAGAAGGAGAAUGUGGAUACCGAGAAGGAAGAUGUUCAAGCUCCAGAAAUUGUGGUGGGCAAGCAAGAAGGCAUAACUUCUGAUCAAGUAGAUGGUCCUGUUCCAGAGGGAACCUUCUUCACGCAAACAGACGAGAGCCCCUCCAAGUUGCAGCCUCCCCCAUCAACCACUAAUGGUACAGACCAUUCCCAGUCCCCUCCACCACCCCUCAAGCUGGUGCAAUACCGGACGGAGGGGUUGCAGUGGGCUGAGGAGGGGCUGGAGUUUGCCUGGGAGCACGAGUUGGUGAUUGAUGACUUGCCGGCACUGAAGGAAUUCUUCAAGCGAGGAAUGCUGAUAGCCGUCAAAGAAGAUAAGGUGUUGUCAGUGCCCGCUGAAGAAGGCGAUGAGAAGGCCAGCGAGGCGGGCAAGAAAGCGGGAGGUCAGAAAUCGGCCAAAACAGGCAAAGACAGCAAGAGCGAGAAGGCAGACAAGCCAAAGGAGAAACCAGGUGGAGGCAAAAAGAAGAAGAAGGAGCCUGAGAUUGAGUUGAUCCACUCCCCGCCAGAGGUGACCGUGCUGGGCAUGUACACUGUGGACCUCGGGAGCUUCGUAGACGGAGACUACAGCCUGGAGGAAACAUGCACCUGCCAGGGCGGAGCUCUGGAUGCCGGGGAGGAGGAGGAAGAAGACAAGAAAGAUGAUAGCUUGGAUUCCAAGAAGGACAAGAAGAAGAAAAAGGAAGGUGGAGACAAUGCCAAGGCUAAAAAGGGGAAGGACAGUAAGGAUAAAGACAAGGACAAAGGCAAAAAAACCGGCAAACCAGAUAAGAAGGACUCCAAGAUGAAGCGACCCGAGUCUCAACUCAGUGAUGAAGACGACAGACAGGCUCCACCCCCUCCACUCAAUGUACACAUCCAGGUUGAGCUUCAUCACUGGCUGACUGCUAGAGACUCUAUCCCCAAACCACCUGUGGUCAAACAGCCCGAGGAUGACGGGAAGAGUGAAGCAGGAACACAGGGAUAGAUGAUGGAAGAUGAUUAGAGGAUGGUUGGGGGCGGAGACACAGGCAUUGAUGGGAGGGGCAUGUGAUGAUGGAAGAUGAUUGGAGGACAGUUGGGGGCGGAGACACAGGCAUUGAUGGGAGGGGCAUGUGAUGAUGGAAGAUGAUUGGAGGACAGUUGGGGGCGGAGACACAGGCGUUGAUGGGAGGGUGUGUCAUGAUGGAAGAUAAAUAGAGCAUAGUGGAUACGCGAGUAGAACACAGGGAUGAGGGAAGGUGAUUAUUAGGGGCUGUCCAUAAAGUGUACCCACAAAGGGGGGGAGGUUGGUGACAUUGUGUAUAGCAUGCAUACAGAGGGGUAGGGGAUUCAAGGCAGUGCGUACCGUACGCAAACCCACUUCAGUUUAAACCACGCCCACUGCACAAGGUACACGACCAUCGCAGGUACGUUAGUGUGCGGUCAAUUGUC